GAUGUAAUUAAGAAGAUUAACAAGAACAAAAAGAUCCCUUCAUUAGAAUAUCUUGGCUGUGGAUAUGAUAUUCUGUUUGGAAAUCCUCUGAGUGACCCUGACCUUUUAGUGGAUCCAGGGUUCAGAGACCCUAUAAUCUCAUAUUCAAUCAUGUUCAAGAAGGAAAAAUUAUUCAAGAAAAUCUCAUACUCAAACAUAACAAAUGCCUGGAUAAGACCCCUCAUCGAGUGUAAACGCUCCAACUCAAGAUCAGUGGUUGAUAGUAUGGAGAAGUAUAAAGAUAUAAUAUCAGUGGAUAGUGACAUUGGAGUAUCAAGUAUAGAUGAAAGUGCAAAGUUUAGUUUAUCGACAAAUUACUCUGAAAUUAGCGAUUUACUAAAGAAUAACGAUAAUAAACUUUAUGUUGAUAAAUCCUACUGUUUCCUACUAGAAGCUGCUCUACCAAUACAUAACUCAUUAAAGAUGACCAGAUCGUUUGCAACUGCAAUGAGUAAAUUGACUAGAGAUUUUAAAAAACAUACAAAAGACUGUAAUGCUAUAAAAUACUCAAUAAAUAAAAAUAACAAAGAUUGUAAGGAGAUAAAAAACUGGAUGGAGCUCUUUGAUCAAUUUGGAACUCACUUUUCAUAUAAUAUUAAACUAGGCGGCCGUAUUACGUUUAUAACACAGGAAGAAGGGUCGAAAGAUGAAAGGGGGAAUGAAAAGUCAGUAGAUGUUGGAGUUGGAGGUAAAUUUGAAAAGGAUAAUAAAGGUGUUGGAAUUGAAGGAAAUGUUAAAUUUGUUUUUGGUAAUAAAAGAGGUGAAAGUAAAAAUCUUUCCUUUAAGUAUACGAAUAUUCUGGGAGGUUUACCUGUAAGUGAUAUUAGUAAGGAAUCUGAGUAUGUUAAAUGGAUCAAAAGUGUGUAUAAAUAUCCAAUGCCAAUCAGGACGCAAUUUGCUCCGAUUUCAAAAAUUUUCAAGUCUAAAGCUCUCAAAGACUCAUAUGAUGAAGCUUUUAGAUUCUAUUUAAACACAAAAGGCAUUUCAACAACACAUGGGGAACAACAAAAAUAAGAUAUUAAUAAUUCCACAAUUUUAUAAUCUUAAC